AUGCCCUCUGACAGCCCUAACCCCCUCCUCCUCCUGCACAGCUUGUCCUGCAGUCUGCCCAUGACUCUCUCGCAGGUACGCUCUGCUCGGCCCGACCAGCCGGACCAGAUUGCCUGGCCGCUAAAGGGGCCGCACAUCCCCUCCCUCUGCCCCUCUAACCUCACCCCUCCUCCUCGGCGGCCUCACUACGCCACUGCUGCUCUGCCUGCCAGUCCACGGCACGGGUGGAAGUAG